CGCAUUGAGCCACGCCCACCCGCCGGACACGCCUGCGCCGCUGACUCCUCUGGCGGCUGGAGCUGAGGUCUCAUUCGUCCCGUUCCGCACGAUCGAGAAGGAAGUCGGCCGUCUAGCUCCCGGUCUCCAGGCCUGCGACCGUCCGCCAGCCGUCCCGAGGCUACUCCCGACCUCCGCCAUGAGUGUGGACACGCAGUGCCUGGACAUCCAGUGUGAAGAGCUGAGUGGUAGAUGGGCCAAGCUGCUCCCCCUGCUCCAGCAGUGCCACACGGUCAGGCUGGAUGACUGCAGCCUCACGGAGGCCCACUGUGAGGGCAUCAGCUCUGCACUCCAGGCCAACCCUGUGCUGACGGAGCUCAACCUGCGCAGCAACGGGCUGGGCGAUGCUGGCGUGCACCGCAUCCUCCAGGCCCUGCAGAGCUCCUCCUGCAAGAUCCAGAAGCUGAGCUUCGAGUGCUGCAAACUGACAGUGGACGGCUGCAGGGUCCUGUCUGGCUCACUGCGCUCCCUGCCCACCCUGCAAGAGCUGAACCUCACCUGCAACGCCUUGAAGGAUGCAGGCCUGCAGCUGCUCUGCGAGGGACUCCUGGACCCCCAGUGCCACGUGGAAAAGCUGCAGCUGGAGUUCUGCAGGCUCUCGUCUGCCAGCUGUGAGCCCCUGGCCUCGGUGCUCAGGGCCAAGCCGGACUUCAAGGAGCUCACGGUGGGCAACAACGACUUCGAUGAGGCCGGCAUCCGUGUGCUGUGCCAGGGCCUGAAGGAGUCCCCCUGCCAGCUGGAGACGCUCAAGCUGGAGAGGUGUGGUGUCACCUCGGACAACUGCAGGGACUUGUGCAGCAUCUUGGCCUCCAAGGCCUCCCUGCGGGAGCUGGCCCUGGGCCACAACAACCUGGGCGACAUGGGCAUCGCGGAGCUGUGCCCGGGGCUGCUGCACCCCAGUUCCAGGCUCAGGACCCUAUGGAUCUGGGAGUGUGGCCUCACCGCCAAGAGCUGCGAGGACCUGGGCCGUGUCCUCAGGGCCAAGGACAGCCUGAAGGAGCUCAGCCUGGCUGGCAACAAGCUUGGGGACGAGGGUGCCCAGGUGCUUUGUGAGAGCCUGCUGGAGCCUGGCUGCCAGCUGGAGUCGCUGUGGGUGAAGUACUGCGGCUUGACAGCUGCCUGCUGCUCCCACUUCAGUUCAGUGUUGGCCCAGAAUAAAUUUCUUCUGGAGCUGCAGAUAAGUGAAAACAGGCUGGGAGAUGCAGGUGUGCAGGAGCUGUGCCAGGGCUUGGGCCAGCCUGGCUCUGUGAUGCGGUCACUCUGGCUGGGGGAGUGCGAUGUGACUGACGUUGGCUGCCUCAGCCUCGCCAAGACCCUGUUGGCCAACGACAGCCUGCGCGAGCUGGACCUUAGCAACAACUGCAUGGGGGACGAAGGCAUCCAGAUGCUGCUGGAGAGCCUGCGGCAGCCGUCCUGCCACCUGGAGCAGCUGGUCCUGUACGACAUCUACUGGUCUUUGGAGAUGGACCGCCAGCUGCAGGCCCUGGAGAAGGAGAAGUCAUCCCUGAGGAUCAUCUCCUAAGCCGCUUCCUGCCCGCCAGGCUCCUGAGACCCGCUCUCCCUGGACAGCCUGGCCUCGAGGCACCCCUGGGCUCUCACCCUGCGUUUCCUAGAUUUGAAGAGAAAUGCUCAGAUCAGCUUAUUUCUGCUAGUGUAUUUUGGAUACUUUACAAUCAUUAAAACACUUUCUUGGCA